AGCUUAUAAAUCGGGCCUGAGCAAUUCCGUAAUCAAAAUGUAGUUUCUUAGUGCUCUGAUUAAAAGUAAUUGCGCAAUCAAACGUAAAUUCCACCCUAUUAAAUCAAGAUGCGCACUUUGCUACAUCUUCUGGUCCUCUUUGUCAUCUUAUCUGUUGCAAAAGCUUAUAGCUUUGUAAAGCUAGUAAUCCUAGCAGGACUGGGCUUGGCAGGACUGUGGAUGAUACAUACGUUGGCUCAGGAUUUAAACAGUAUCAUGCAAACUGGCGGCCUAGGUACCAGUACUAGCGGAUUAGGAAGUGCGACACUAAUUAAUGGAUUAGGUGGUGGAGGAUUACUUCGUAAUUUGGGGCUAUCCAGCGGUCCACAGCAACAACAAGAGCAAUCUGCUUAUGGCGAACAGGAAAUACAAUAUUACAAUAGGAGGUCAGUCCGAGAGAUCAAAGAUUCCCACAAAUCGAAGAUUGACUGGGGAUUGGUGAUAUCACGUGAUCCUGCAAGUUGCGCGAGAAGCUUUAUAUGUCAAUUGGCUGCAUCCAAAGAAUCAAAUUUAACGAAGGAAGAAAGAAUUAUUUUAAAAUUAAGCAGAGAUUCGGUAAACGAAACGUCAUAUGCCGGUCAGGAACUCCGUGAGUCGCUUGAAAAUGGUAAUUUGGUGAAAUACCCAUAUCAGUGCAUGAAAUUUUAUAAGCUAUGUCCAUAUACAAAAAGAAUAAUGAUGAGUUUGCUCAAAGUAUUUGGAGGGCGCUGAAGGCUUUAAAAAAGUUGAAUCGUUUUUGCCAUUUAAGACAAUUUGGCUAUAUUUUUGCUGCCAUAAGUAGCCUUACUGUUUGAGGAUGUAUGUUCACAUAGUUUGUG